CCGACUCCUACAAAUGUCUACGGGGAGCCUCGGCGCACUGGCGGAAGGCUAAAUUAAAAAAAGUUAAAAGUCCAGAAUAAUAAUGUAGGCCACCAAAACGUAAAUGUUUUAAUAUGGUACAUUUUAUUGUAACUAUACAUCUAUGUAUACGAUAUUUUCUGAAAAUAACAGCACGACAAUGAGAUUAUUUACAACAGGAAAAAGGGACUAUGUUUCUUGGCGGAGUGAUACAAGUUGCUGGCUCGUUGAAAGUCUGAGCGCAGAAUUGGACAGAGUUGUGGCGAGUUGGGGUAGUAGACGGUAAGCUCACUUGAGUUGCUCAGCCGACCGCCACAAAUUUUCAUAACAAAGCUUUUUGGUUCAAUUCUGAACUUGCAUACACCUGUUAUGCUAUUUCAUUUUCGGGCUGGGUUUUUUGGACAAUACUGUGUGGUUUGGAAUAGCGCGGGCGAUACAUUCAUUUCUAUUGCAUUAAUUGCUGGAGGGUUAAGCUCCGAAUAACCACUCCAGCCGAAAUGUCAAUUUUACCCUUCACCCCUCCGAUUGUGAAAAGACUUUUGGGCUGGAAAAAAGGGGAGCAAAAUGGACAGGAGGAGAAGUGGUGCGAAAAGGCCGUGAAGAGUCUCGUGAAGAAAUUGAAGAAGACGGGACAGCUGGACGAGCUGGAGAAUGCCAUCACAACACAGAACAUCAACACCAAGUGCAUCACCAUACCGAGGUCUCUGGAUGGCCGUCUGCAGGUGUCCCACAGGAAGGGGCUGCCCCAUGUCAUCUACUGCCGGCUGUGGCGCUGGCCCGACCUGCAGUCGCACCACGAGCUGCGCGCCAUCGAGCUGUGCGAGUACACCUUCCACAUGAAGAAGGACGAGGUGUGCGUCAACCCCUACCACUACCAGCGCGUGGAGACGCCAGUGUUGCCGCCGGUGCUGGUGCCGCGGCACACAGAAAUCCCGGCGGAGUUCCCCCCACUGGACGACUACAUCCACUCCAUACCAGAGAACACCAACUUCCCCGCCGGCAUAGAACCUCAGAGCAAUUACAUCGCAGAGACUCCUCCGCCCGGCUACAUCAGUGAGGACGGGGAGACCAGCGACCACCCCAUGAGCCAUAGUAUGGACACAGGCUCACCCAACCUUUCACCAAGUCCAGUGUCGCCCACACACAAUAACCUAGACCUGCAGCCAGUGACGUACUGUGAGCCAGCCUUCUGGUGCUCCAUCUCCUACUACGAGUUGAACCAGCGCGUGGGCGAGACCUUCCACGCAUCGCAGCCCUCGCUGACCGUGGACGGCUUCACCGACCCCUCCAACUCGGAGCGCUUCUGCCUGGGCCUGCUGUCCAACGUCAACCGCAACGCCGCCGUGGAGCUCACGCGACGCCAUAUUGGCCGGGGUGUGCGCCUGUACUACAUCGGCGGAGAGGUGUUUGCGGAGUGCCUGAGCGAGAGCGCCAUCUUUGUCCAGAGCCCGAACUGCAACCAGCGCUACGGCUGGCACCCGGCCACCGUCUGCAAGAUUCCGCCAGGCUGCAACCUGAAGAUCUUCAACAACCAGGAGUUUGCCGCGCUGCUGGCCCAGUCGGUCAACCAGGGCUUCGAGGCCGUCUACCAGCUCACCAGGAUGUGCACCAUACGGAUGAGCUUCGUCAAGGGCUGGGGUGCAGAGUACAGGCGUCAGACAGUGACCAGCACCCCCUGCUGGAUCGAGCUGCAUCUGAACGGGCCUCUGCAGUGGCUGGACAAGGUCCUGACCCAGAUGGGCUCUCCCAACAUCCGCUGCUCCAGCGUUUCAUGAACACACACACACACACACACACACACACACACACACACGCACACACACACACACACACACACACACACACACACACACACACACACACACACGCACACACUCCAAGUGCCCAACACACAUAUACACAGACUUUUGUUCCUCUUUCACUCCAGUGUGUCAUGAAACUGUCCCCUGCCCUCACAUUAUCCACUUAAAUACCCAUUCUCACUCACUGAUAGACACACACACACACACACACACACACACACACACACACACACACAGACACAGACACAGACACACACACACACACACACACACACACACACACACACACACACACACACACACACACACACACACACACACACACACACACACACACACACACACACACACACAUCUCUCCACUGUGUCACUCCCACUCACGUGCCCUCUCUGAUGAGCCUGUGUUUAUUUGAAUGUGUGUGUGAUAUAACUGUGGAAGUCAGUUACACCGCGCAAUACGUAUGUCUUUCAUCUGAAUUGUUUUCCCUUUGUCCAUAUCAUUUGAUUUUGACUUUUAAAAGAUUUUUUUAUGAAUUAUUUUGGCAGGUAGUGCCAGAAGUGCUCAUUCACCAUGUGUACUACAGUACAUGAUUUGUUUAUUUGUUUAUAUAAUAUUUUUUAAAAAAAAGCAUGAUGUUUUUUUAAAGUGUACAUACAAAAACAUAGUACUUUUGUGUUCCUUUUACUACGAGCAUGUUUUGAAACUGUUUUUUGUACAGUACCAACUUUAUUACAUGUUUUGUUUUGUAUUAUUUGUUUUUUUGAAUUUUAAUUGCCCGGUACUGGGGAUGAAUUUCUUAUAAAAAAAAGACAAAAAUGAUACACAUCUCACACUACUCUCCUGAGUAGAUGUUACGUAGAUGUUUAAGACAUCUAUAACUUACUUAUGUAUUUUAAACAUUUAUUUCUUGUCAUUUUAUAUUUUUGUAUGUGUGUGUAUGGCAACUUUGUGGUCCCCUAUUAUCUUCUUGAACCUAUAAUGAAUGCUUUCCUGGGGUGCAUUUCUGGAAAGCAGAGUAGUUGCUAACUAUGCUAGCUACUUUGUUGGUUGCAAUGCAAUUUCCCAUUGGCAACUACCGAAGUUGCUAACUGCUAACAACUACGCUUUCCAGAAAUGCAGCCCUGUUCUCCAUCUUCUUUAAAGGUAGAGUGUUAGUGUUAGUAGAGUGUUAAAGGUAGAAUUAUAUAUUUUUAUUACUUUAUUUCUAGGAUUUAUGCUGCCUGUUCACAAAUUAUUAUCUUUUCCAUGAAUAUUUACCACCAUCAUCAAUUUCUAAGUACUCCUCACUUGGAAAUGUACACUGUUCAUGCAUGAAUUGAUGGAUCUUCCCCAUGGCCGCCAUUUUAAAUGACCAGUCAUAUACGUACAUCUUUGGCUGUGGAACUUACUUUACACUGAUCAGUACCAGUAAAUAUUAGCUCAUUACUUUGUAAAUAUUAUUGAAAGGGUCACAUUUGUGAAUGGGUAGCAUAAAUUCUGGAAAUGAUCAACAUUUUUUUUUUUUUUAAAGUAGCCCGUCUAAGCAGAUGCAGUAGGUAUCUGCAGUGCACAGUACACCGUUGGGUUACGGUCGCUCCCUGACCGUUAGAAGCGCAGUCUCAAAACGCAUCGAGGUGAAACCCUCUAUGAAGUAUGGAGCAGGUGCGGCAGUGUCUCGGUUUCUGUCACGUGAGGCGAGCCUUGAGAUGCUCAUGCCUUAUUUUCUCUUUUUUUCUUUUCUGUUGCUUUUUUUCCUGCAGUGACUCAUAACUGUCAGUUCCUCUUCUUAAUUUGUCUCUUUUUCUGUUGUGUUUUGGGAAGCGUGCCAACGCGAUGUCCUCUCUUCGCAUCAAAUGGGGACAGCGUUUUGUUCUCGGUGAUCUGUUCACCAGCUGUCUGUGCAGUUCUGUGCUGCGUGCUCGGCUGCUCGCCUCGCCUCGCCUCGCAGUGCCUCUGCAGAUGUUGUCCGUUCUGUUGUGGCGCAGCCUCUUUUCACCGCCUUUGUCAUGUUCCAAUCUUUUUUAAAAAGAGAUGUUUUUAUUGUUUAAAGUGAUCUGACAUGGGUUCAGCUGGGGGGGCGGGGGGGGACCUAAGAACUUGAACCACAAGUUUGCUCCUCUCGGAGGAUGACAGUUUGUAUCUUCGCAAAUCAGUAGCAGAUGAGAAAAUAAUUGUUUCCUUCCUUCCUGUCAUGUUACUCCUAGCUUCGCAUUUGCCAUCUCUGCUAUUAUAUUUGCAGCAUUGAAAAUUUGCAUGCCCGAGUAUGCACACACGCACACACACACACGCACACAGACACACACAUGCACGCACACACGCACAUACACACACACACACCUCCAUCAGACACUUUCGUCUUGUGUUUGGUUGAGGAUAGAAAUAGAUGCUCAGUUGUAUUUAAUUUACCCACAACUGUCUGUUUGCCUUGCCUUGCCUUGCCUAAAACCUCAUCAUCAUCAGCAGAAACUCAUCUUUCUUCUAACAUGACACUUGCACGCAUAGCUUUAAAAAUGACACAUUUGAUCACCACAGUUGGCUUGCUGCUUUUUCAGUUGAAAAGGAAGUGAUGCACAGCAACUUGUGGUAGUCGGAUGGACGGCGUGCCUCUCUGCUCAAAGAUGGAGACGGGCUCUUGCUCCGUGGCUUUUGUUGCACUGGGUGUUUACCUUGUGCUAAUUUCAGCCCCAUAUUCAGAGCUGCUCUGUCAAAAAAAACACCCCCUCUCAGGUUCAGCAGGGUGUUUAAAUUUAGUCUUUGAGUAAAUUUGUACUGUACAUACAUACAUAGAGACACACAUAUUUUGUCUACAGAAAUAAUGCAUGCUGAUAUUUUCUACCGUUUUAAUUCUAGAUUCUAUUUUGCUACCAAAUAUUUUUGUAGGCGUUGUGCAGGGAUGGUUUUAUAUAGCAAUGUACUGCAUGGUUGAUAGUUCCUUGCUCUGCAUUUGCACAAAGGAGUGCAGAUGAGCCAAUGGAGCUGCCAGCUUAGGGGACAAGGGAUUUCUCUAUGAUUACUUAAAUGUGUAAGAUGUCUUUUUUUUGUACGUACCAGAAAAAGCGGGAAAGUCAAAAGAGUCUUGUUUUGGGGGAUGCUAUAAAGGGAAAUAAAUGGGAAGCCUGUGGUAGUAGGCCCAUGCGUGUACACAGGGCAACCGAACAGAGAGGGAUAAAGGGGUCAGAUGUCCCGGGCCCAGAAAAAGGGACAGCCCAGAAGUGGGUCCUCAUUACAUUGUACUGUAUGUACCGGUAUUGAGUGGGGAGCCCUUUUACUGUAGAUGACUUGGUCCCAGGCUCGGCCAAAGCUGUCAGCGGCCCGUGCAUGUACAGUACAGUCCGUACAAAAGCCAAGCCCAGCCAGCCCAGUCAGCCAGGCCUUGUUUGUGUGCAGUGCAGCACAGCCAGUGGUUUCUUUGAUACUCCCUGUUUGACGAGGAGAGGAGCAGCCUCUCUCCGCUCACUGCUCUCUGAGCCACCCUUUGUGCGUUGGAGGUAAACGAGAGGGGAAAAAAAGAGAAAAUGUGUCCCUCUUGCUGCAGAGGGUUCUGUGACACCAGCACUGUGAACUUCUCUUCCCUUUUUAAAACCUCUUGGCAAACACAGAGAAAAAAAGGAUUAAGACCAUUUACUUUGGGUUGUCUUUGGGAGGAUGGCGUUCACUCCCAAAGCCCUCUUUAGCCGGCCCUGCUGUGUGGCGCGAGUGGCGAGUGGCGCUUGUGAAUGGGCACUCUGUAUGGCAGAGCUGGGCUGGGUAGGACCCAGUGUGGAGUGGCCUGGUGGUGGGCAUUUUGCUUGUCUGUUUACGGCCACGGGCAGAGCCAAAUCUGUUGGCGGGUAGGGUCAUGUGUCUGAGGCUGGCACACACAUACAGAGUAAACAUUGCAGUGAUAAUUCAACAUAAUUCUGAGCAUAUAUGGUCCCACUC